AAUUAUUAAUAAUUGUAGGCAAUGGCCACAGAACACUUUUGCUGUAACGAAUUGCAAUAGGCAAUUUUAAUUUCUUAGUGAAAACUAAAAACAAAUUUAUUUAUUGCAGGAAUUCUAAAAAAAAUAAUAUAGAAUGUUUUAAAAUAACUUUAAUUACUAGUGUUUAAUCUUUUAUCUAGGCAUGUUGUUAAAUUUUUUAUCGUAAAAAAUUGAAUUCGAACGAAACUUCUGAUGUGGCCCAAUCGCAUUUCUUUUGUAAAUACACUGUGAAGUUCUAAGUUAUGAUUUAAGGCAAUAUUGUAAUAUAUGAAAUUUUUUAACAAUGGCAUAUCAAACAAUACUUCAAGAAUACAUGUUAAUACCUCCCGUAACCAGAGCAUAUACUACAGCAUGUGUGGUUACAACAUUAGCAGUGCAAUUGGAUCUUGUAUCACCAUUUCAACUAUAUUUUAACCCAACUUUAAUCUUGACAAGGUAUCAGAUAUGGAGGUUUAUCACAACAUUCCUCUUCUUCGGGAAUUUAGGAUUUAAUUUCUUUUUCAAUAUGAUAUUCACAUACAGAUACUGUAGAAUGUUGGAGGAAGGAUCAUUUAGAGGAAGGACAGCAGAUUUUGUUGUUAUGUUUGUGUUUGGAUCAGUGUUAAUGGUUAUAUGUGCUUUUUUUGUAAAUUUGGUAUUUUUAGGACAAGCAUUUACAAUUAUGAUUGUGUAUGUGUGGUCGCGACGUAAUAUUCAUAUUCGAUUAAAUUUCUUUGGACUUAUGAAUUUUCAUGCUCCUUAUUUACCAUGGGUCCUUUUAGGAUUCUCAGUGCUUCUUGGAAAUUCUAUAUCUGUGGAUUUGGUUGGAAUGGCAGUUGGUCAUAUUUAUUUUUUCUUGGAAGAUGUCUGGCCAAGACAAAGAGGAGGGCAAAAACUCUUGAAGACCCCGAAUUUUAUAAAAAAAUUAUUUGACCCACCGGUGCGUGAAUAUCCUGAAAUGCCAGAGCUUGCCAAUAUCCGACCGGGUGGAUUUAAUUGGAAUGAGCCAGUUGAUAACGAAGUGAACGGAUAAUGCAUCAUGUACAAAUCAAGCCAAAUUAUAUAUUAAACAAUUUUCCAGUUUGUGAUAUAAAGUUAAGACGUGAAGUGGAUAAUAUAAGAUAAAUAAAUGGAUUUACCGUUGAAAGUAAUAAAGAUCAGUAGCGGGUGUAUUUUAA